AUGCAAGAGGCACUUGCUAGGAGGAAGGAAGCUGAGGAGAGACAGAAAAGGGAAGAAGAGGAGAGGCAGAGAAGGGAAGAAGAGGAACGGCGGAGGCUUGAAGAGCUUGAGAGACAAGCAGAAGAGGCUAAACGUAGGAAAAAAGAAAGGGAAAAGGAGAAGCUCUUGAAGAAGAAGCAGGAAGGCAAGCUUCUAACGGGGAAGCAGAAGGAAGAAGCUCGUCGGUUGGAGGCAAUGAGGAACCAAAUACUGGCUAAUGCAGGAGGUUUGCCUAUCACAGACAAAGAAGGUGCACCAACAAAACGUCCCAAGUAUCAGACAAAGAAGUCUAAACCAAGUCAUCAUACAAAUGGUGCUGCCCAUGUCAAAGUCGAGGAAAAUAUGGAAGCUAGAGAAAAAGAGCAAGAAAAGCCAGAGACUGUGGCAGAGGAUUCCAUGGAAACAGACGCAGUUGAAGAAGUGGAAUCUGUGAAUACUGAAGAAAAAUCAGAAGUUGCUAGUACAGCCCAGGAGAACGGGAUGGAGGAAGAGGAUGAAGAGGAUGAAUGGGAUGCAAAAAGCUGGGAUGAUGUCAAUCUUAACAUUAAAGGUGCAUUUGAUGAUGAAGAAGUUGAUUCCGCGCCUCAGCCAGUGGCGAAGAAGGAUGCAAAAACUUUUGUAUCAACCUCACAUAAUACAGCGGCUAAGGAUGCUGUGAAGAAAGCGAUUCCUUUGCAACCAGUUAAUACUCAUGAUGUUGAGAGUAAGAAUAGGCAGGCUGAGGUUACUACUGUGAAUAAAAAUAGGAAAACAGAUGCCUCAGCUAAAGGAAAAGCUCCAGUUCUGGAUGAUGCUCCUAAAAAGGCUGAAGAAAACCUCCGAUCACCAAUCUGCUGCAUUAUGGGGCAUGUUGAUACUGGUAAAACUAAGCUGCUGGAUUGUAUCAGAGGAACAAAUGUGCAGGAAGGUGAGGCUGGGGGUAUUACUCAACAGAUUGGUGCAACCUAUUUCCCUGCAGAGAACAUCCGUGACAGAACUAAGGAAUUGAAAGCUGAUGCAACAUUGAAGGUUCCAGGUCUGUUGGUUAUUGAUACCCCAGGCCAUGAAUCAUUUACUAAUCUACGAUCCCGGGGCUCUGGUCUUUGUGAUAUUGCAAUUUUGGUUGUUGAUAUCAUGCAUGGCUUAGAGCCACAGACUAUAGAAUCACUCAAUCUCUUGAAAAUGAGGAAUACAGAUUUCAUUGUUGCAUUGAACAAGGUGGAUAGACUCUAUGGGUGGAAGACCUGCCGUAAUUCACCAAUUGUGAAAGCUAUAAGACAGCAAUCUAAAGAUGUGCUCAAUGAAUUUAAUAUGAGAGUUACAGGGAUUAUAACUCAGUUCAAGGAACAAGGGUUGAAUACUGAAUUAUACUACAAAAAUAAAGAGAUGGGGGAAACUUUCAGUAUUGUCCCCACAAGUGCUAUUAGUGGAGAGGGCAUCCCUGAUUUGUUGUUGCUCCUGGUGCAAUGGACUCAGAGAACAAUGGCUGAGAAACUUACAUUCAGCGAUGAAGUGCAGUGUACGGUACUGGAGGUAAAGGUAAUUGAAGGCCAUGGGACAACAAUUGAUGUUGUGUUAGUUAAUGGUGUCCUCCAUGAAGGAGAUCAAAUUGUUGUUUGUGGGUUACAAGGUCCUAUUGUUACGACAAUUAGAGCUUUAUUGACACCUCAUCCAAUGAAAGAACUUCGAGUAAAGGGAACGUAUCUGCAUCAUAAACAAAUCAAGGCUGCACAGGGUAUCAAGAUCACUGCACAGGGCCUCGAGCAUGCUAUUGCUGGCACUGGUCUAUAUGUUGUGGGGCCUGAUGAUGAGUUAGAAGAUGUCAAGGAAGCAGCGAUGGAAGAUAUGAAGUCAGUUAUGAGUAGGAUUGACAAAACCGGUGAAGGAGUUUGUGUACAAGCAUCUACCCUAGGGUCAUUGGAAGCAUUGCUGGAGUUUUUGAAGUCUCCUGAGGUGAAGAUUCCUGUUAGUGGCAUAAGCAUUGGUCCUGUCCAUAAAAAGGAUGUCAUGAAGGCCAGUGUUAUGCUUGAGAGGAAAAAGGAGUACGCCACCAUCUUGGCAUUUGAUGUGAAAGUGACCCCAGAGGCCCGAGAACUUGCAGAUGAAUUGGGAGUGAAGAUUUUUAUGGCUGAUAUCAUUUAUCACUUAUUUGAUCAAUUUAAGGCCUAUAUUGACAAUAUCAAAGAGGAGAAGAAGAAGGAAACUGCUGAUGAAGCAGUUUUUCCGUGUGUGCUUAAGAUCAUACCCGCCUGUAUCUUCAAUAAGAAGGACCCGAUCGUCUUGGGAGUUGAUGUUCUUGAAGGCAUAGCUAAGAUUGGUACUCCAAUUUGUAUUCCUCAAAGGGAGUUCAUUGAUAUUGGACGCAUAGCAUCUAUAGAAAGUAACCACAAACCUGUUGACACUGCUAAGAAAGGCCAGAAAGUAGCUAUCAAGAUUGUUGGCUCGAAUCCGGAGGAGCAACAAAAAAUGUUUGGAAGGCAUUUCGAGGUCGAAGAUGAACUUGUUAGCCACAUUUCAAGGAGGUCAAUUGAUAUACUAAAGUCUAACUAUCGGGAUGAGCUAUCUCUUGAGGAGUGGAAGCUGGUUGUGAAAUUAAAGAACCUUUUCAAGAUACAAUAAACAGUGUAAAACUGAGGUGUUGAAUUGAGUUUCUUGAAAGUCCGGUACUCUGAAGGGCUUCAUGCACAUGGGCAUUCAAGUGUAAAGAUACAGAGAUUUUGCACUGGACCCAGCUUAAGAAAUGGGAAAGUUGCGCAUUGCACAAAGAAGCCCUUAGUAAAGUCUAUUAAUCAUGACACAUCAUUGCAGAAGUUUUUGAAAUCAUCCUGUCAGUCUAUUUCUUUGGUGGUACAGGAGCUCUAUGUAUGUUUGCAGUUUGAUCUAGUCGAGCAAAAGGCAAAGCUGAGAGUAAUUGUCUAGCACCUUUGUCAGUUAACCUUGUCUGGCAUUUCAAGUUUUUGCUAGCAAUCUCCUCUCUGCUAUUUUGAGGUGAGGAAUAAAUGUUUUUAUUGGUUAUUCUGGAUCGGAAUACUUUAUUUAAUUGAUGUGGUAUAAGAUGUUUGUUGUCGUCA